CACACGACUUUUCUUUGUUUACAUUUUAGUGUUAGUCGAUAUGUGGAAUCGAUUGUAGAGAUAUCAAAUAAAAUCUUUUAACGCGAAUUUUACGUAAUAAGACAAACAUUUUGAGUCGCGAUAUAUUUUUUUUAUUAAUAAAGGAGUACUAAAUUUUAAAUAAAUAGUGAAUUUUAUGUGAUUGCAGGGCAGGUUAUACGAUUAAAAUAUGUCGAAUUUUCAAUAAAUAUUUCCUGCAACAAAAGCGAAACGGAAAUUGUAAAUUAAAUAUGGUAAAUAAAUAGCGACAAAUAGUUACAUACAAAAUUAUAGAGCGAGAAUUCUAAUAUACUGUAAAUUGAUUACAUAUUUAAUUGAGACUUAUGCAAACACAUAAGCAAAUAAUUUUAUGUACCUUUAUAAGAAGUAACCAAAGGAGGAUAUGAUAAUAAUUUAUGUAUUUUGCAUCUGUUUCCAAUACAUUGAUGCUGCUGAAUAUGUCUUGUCAGUCCCGCACUCGAUGUCAAAGAUAAAUGCAGAUCAGAUAGUGAUUGGAUACAAAAAUGCACAGAAGGAACAGGCCCGUUCCAUAAAGGAAAAAGAAAAAAGUUUAAUAAGUUUCCUUGAUGAGUAUCUGAGGCCAAUGGAAAUUAUUAAACAAAAGUUUCCUGAUCACAAGUUCGAAAUUCAACUUGAGAUAGAGAGGGAUGACCCGGCGGCGGCAGCCAAACAGAUAACACGCAGAAUGAUGGGAAAGCCUGUACAUAAAAUAGAUCACUCACAACUUCCCGUGGUAAACCAUGCAUUAUCACCACAAGUCGCACAUCCACACCCACAUGCUGCACCACCGGUGCCGCUGCAACCACAGGUGGCGGUACAAGCACAAGUAGCUCCACAACCUCAAUCAGUACAGCAACCACAAGUUGCGCCACAACCACAAGUUUCACAACCACAAAUUUUACCACUGCCGCAAGCUGCACCACAAUAUCAACCUCCAUCUCUUCAGCCGUCACCGUCCCCCACACACCAACACACAUCGCCCACGAUACAAUAUUACCAACCACCACAACACAACCAACACCCACAAAACAAUGAAAAAACACCAAUUUACGUCGACGACCUUCAGAGGGUGGUGGAGAAUAUCAUGCAUAAAAUGAAUAAUAUACCCUCUUACGGAUAUAACCACAAAGCACCACCGUAUCGAUUUCGUCACGGUUCAGCGAAAAGAUCACAAAUAAACUUAAAACCAAUUAUUGAUCUAUUGGGAAAAGGUGUGAAAAUUCAACAUAAUGUCCCACAGCCGUCUGACAGUAACAUGAACUGGAUUAAAAUUAAAGUACCGAAAGCAAAAUUAGAAAAGGACUAAUUAUAAUUGUUCGAAGGAAUUGUCUAAUAAUCAAAUAGGUCUCACAUAAAGUACAAAAUUUCAUCUUAACAAUGAACACUUUUGUAAAGAAAUAAAAUCUUUUUUCCUGUUGAAGUGCCUACUCUUAUUAUACUUGUUACUCUGUACGUGCAACAUACAGCUAACUAAUAAUUUGCCAAGUAGACAAAUUUUUGUUUUGAUAACUAAUUGAAGUAGGUACCUCAUUGUAAUUUUUAAAAUGUCAUAUUUUUAAUAAAAAUACAAGUUUUGUUCAGUUUCAAUUGAAUAGAAUAUAA